GACCAGGCCGUUCGGCGCGCUUCCUGGUGUCACCCGCAGAGGGCGCCGGCCGCCGAGGCGCCCGCAGAGUCGCGAGGCCGGAAGGAGCGCGGCGCCGCCCCACUCACCCCAGCCGCAGCCAUGAAAGCCGUGGUGCAGCGCGUCACCCGGGCCAGCGUCACAGUUGGAGGAGAGCAGAUAAGUGCUAUUGGACGGGGCAUCUGUGUGUUGCUUGGUAUUUCUCUGGAAGAUACACAGAAGGAACUGGAGCACAUGGUCAGAAAGAUUUUAAACCUGCGUGUGUUUGAGGAUGAGAGCGGGAAACACUGGGCGAAGAGUGUGAUGGACAAACAGUACGAGGUGCUGUGCAUCAGCCAGUUCACCCUCCAGUGCGUCCUCAAGGGCAACAAGCCUGACUUCCACUUGGCCAUGCCCACAGAGCAGGCAGAGAGCUUCUACAACAGCUUCCUGGAGCAGCUGCGGAAGACAUACAGGCCGGAGCUCAUCAAAGAUGGCACGUUUGGUGCUUACAUGCAAGUUCACAUUCAGAAUGAUGGACCUGUGACCAUAGAAUUGGAGUCCCCGGUUCCUGGCGCUGCUACCUCUGACCCAAAGCAGCUGUCAAAGCUUGAAAAACAGCAGCAGAGGAAAGAAAAGACCAGAGCCAAGGGGCCUUCUGAAUCAAGCAAAGAAAGAAAUGCCCCCCGAAAAGAAGACCGCAGUGCCAGCAGUGGGGCGGAGGGCGACGUGUCUUCUGAGCGAGAGCCGUAGACUUAGGGAUGGAACUCAGGAAUCGUGUUGGAGAGAACGCCCUGGUACCAGCUCCUGCCCCCUGGACGAAGGAUGAAGGACUGGCCAAUCUGAUGGCCAGGGAAUGACAUUCAUUAUAGUGGGUGGUUCCUGGGUUCAGAAGCAAAAUCCAGACUCGACAUUUUCUAUUUCUCCUCCUUGGACCAAGGGCAGCUGCCCAGCCUGCACGGUGUUUUGCUCUCUUGGCCCUACUCUGACACGGCACCAUGUGUUUUCCCUUUAGUUUUAAGAUUAUAUAAAUAAUAGCUUCUUCCCCAGUGAGUGUUGGGAUUUUAUAAUAAAUUUUUAAAAAUUGAAUUUUCAGACUCCCAUGAUGAACUCAAUGAAUAGAUAAGGAAUAAAUAUAUAAUCACUCAUCUCCCAGUAACCAAACCCAGCUUAACAACAUAAACACAAAAACACACAAAUUCAAACGUGCCUUGGACCUUGUAUUUUCAAAAUGGCUUUAAAAAAUUCUUAUGCCACCUAGUUGAUUUCCUUCUUGAUCACAUUAUCUAUCUGCUCAUGUAUUUUAUAAACUUAAUGUUCUGAUUUUUGAUGUAACUGUUUCUGUUCAAUACUCUGAAUCUUUGUUUUAUUUAUUGAUGGGUAUGGAUUCUACUUUUUAUAUCAGUGCAAAACAUAACUUUCUAUUUGUGUUAGAUUUUGGCCUCAGAGUAAUUCCCGUAGAUUAGUUAGUUUAGUUAGUUAGAAUAAUUCCAGUAGUAAGGUAUCCUGGGCAUUAGUAUCCUGUGGCCAGUGGGCAAUUUGGGAGUGAUUUUGUCAUUUCUGUGGGCAAGAAAAACACCCGAAAGCCCCAUGCAUAGAGGAAGAGACAGUAACUCUGUAUCACAGAACGUUCUGGAGAACAUGUUCACAGUAGAAAACAGCACACAGUAAAACGGGGAAGAGGUGAAGGUGGGUGUUUCUUUCCAACAUCUCCCAAGGUUUAAGAGGCAAAAUUUCUCAUAGAUGUGUAGAUAUUUAUUUUUUGCUUUUCUAAAAUCGGUGGAAAAGUGAAAAACCUAUAAUCAUAUUUAUCUCAAGGUAUUGCAGAUUGGAUAGUAUAGAACUUUGGGUAAAUCAUGCUAUAGUUGACUGUUGAACAACAUGGGUUUGAACUCUAUGGAUCCCCUUAUCAUGGAUUUUUUCAGUAAAUAUAUUGGAAGAUUUUUUGAAGAUUUGCAACAACUUGAGAAAGUCCACAGACAAACUCUGUAACCUAGAAAUACAAAAAAAAAAAAGAAAAAGUUAAGCAUGUCAUGAAUGCGUAAAAUGUAUGUAGGUACCAAUCUAUUUUAUCAGUUACUACCAUAAAGUAUAUAUACAUAAAUCUAUUAUAAAAAGUUAAAAUUUAUCCAAACUUAUACACAGAAGUACUUAACAGACCAUAUGUGGUACCAUUUACAGUGGAGAGAAAUGUAAAUAAGUGUGAAGAUGCAGUACUAAAGGUAACUGCAUAAAAUUAACUGUAGCACAGGCUGUACACGACCGUAGUAAUUUCCUAGCUGCCUCCUGUUGCUAUUGCAGGGAGCGCAGGUGUUCUGAGUAUCCGCUUAAAAUGUGUGACGCUAAUCAUCUCCGGGUGAGCAGUUUGUCUCUGCAGUAAAUUGCGGAUCGUAGUAAAAAGUGAUCUCUUGCAGUUCUUACAUAUUUUUCAUCAUGUUUAAUGCUAUAUCCUAAACCUUGAGUAACACCGUGGGACCCAUCCGGAGUGCCCGUAGUGAUGCUGGAAGUGCUCACAAGAAGCAGAGAAAAGUCAUGAUGCCACAAAAAAGUAGAAUUGCUUGAUGUGUACCAUAGAUUGAGGUCUGAAGCUUGCAAUGCCCACCAUCUCAGGAUAAAUGAAUCCAGCGUAAGGAACACUGUUAAGAAAGAAAAAAAAAGGAAAGGAAAUUCAUGAAGCCUUUGCUGCAACUAUGCCAGUAGGCACAGAAACCUUGCACUUUUUGCAAAAUACUCUUUAAUCUCAUUAGAAAUGUAGCUUUCAUGUGGGUGCAAGAUUGCUAGAAGAAAAGCAUACCUGUGGACUCAAAGAUUACUCAAGAAAAGAAAAGGUGAAAUCAUUAUGCAACAACUUAAGCAAAAGGAAGGUGAAGGAUCUAAAACUGGAGAAUUGAAUGCCAGUAAAGGAUGGUUUGAUAAUUUUAGAAAGAAGUUUGGCUUUACAAAUACCAAGGUAACAGGAGAAGCAGCUUUUGCUGACCAAGAGGCAGCAGACGAAUUCCCAGACACCGUUGAGAUCAUUGAGGAGAAAGGAUAUCUGACUGAACAGAUUUUUAAUGCAGAUAAAAUGCCCUAUUCUGGAAGAAAAUGUCCCAGAGGACAUUUAUUAGUAAGGAAGAGAAGCAAGUAUCAGGAUUUAAGGCAGGAAGGGAGAGGCUAGCUGCUGUUUUGAGCAAAUGCAGUUGGGUUUAUGAUCAGGACUGCCCUUACCUACAAAGCUGCUAACCCCCGAGCCUUGAAGGGAAAAGAUAAACACCAGCUGCUGUCUUUUUGGUUGCAUAACAAGAAGGCCUGGACAGUGAGAACCCUUUUGCUGGAUUGGUUCCAUUGAUGCGUUGUUCCUGAAGUCCGAGAGUACCUUGCCAGGAAGGGACUGCCUUUUAAAGUUCUUUUGAUAUUGGACAAUGCCCCUGGCUACAGAACCUGGUGAGUUCAACACUGAAGGUGUCAAAGUGGUCUGUGGUCUCCAAACACCUGGUCUCUAAUCCAGGCUGUAGAUCAGGGGAUCAUGAGGACCCUGAAGGCUCAUCACAUACGGGACUGUACGGAAAGCAUUGUCUGUGCUCUAGAAGAGAACCCUGAUAGAACAUCAAGAAGCUCUGGAAGGAUUACUCCAUUGAAGAUGCCACUGUUAGUAUAGAAAAUGCUAUGAAAGCCAUCAGGCCUGAGACAAUAAAUCCCUGCUGGAGAAAACUGUGUCCAGAUGUUGUGCAUGACUUCACAGUGUGUACAACAGAGCCAGUCACGGAAAUCAUGAAAGAGAUUGUGGAUAUGGUUUGAAAAAAAAAAAAAAAGGUGAGUUGAGGAGGUGAAGGGUUUCAUGAUAUGGAUCUUGGAGAAAUUUAAGAGCUGAUAGACACCACAGAGGAAUUAACAGAAGACGACUUCAUGAGAGACUCUGGACUCUGGGAAACAAACUGAGGGCUUCAGAGGGGAGGGGGAUGGGGGAUC